ACCAAUACACAAAAAUCACCACCUCAACCAUGGCAUCCACACUCACUCACAAAUCAACCCUAACCCUACUCUUCUCCACACUCCUCCUCACAUCACCACUCCCCUCUCUCUCCUCAGAUCCUGACCCUUUGCAGGACUUCUGCAUUGCCGAUCUCCAAGCCCCGGUCUCCAUGAACGGCUUCCCGUGCAAACCGGCCUCAAACGUCACCUCAAACGACUUCUUCUUUGACGGCCUGGCCCGGGAGGGAGACACCUACAACUCCAAUGGCAGCAGUGUGGUCUAUGGCAAUGUUCUUGCAUUCCCAGCCCUCAACACUCUAGGCAUCUCGAUGAACAGAGUCGACAUAGACCCUGACGGCCUCAACGCGCCCCACUCACACCCCCAGGCCACAGAGGUGGGCAUAGUCGUGCAAGGGAAGCUGCUGGUGGGGAUGAUCUCCACCUCCAACGUGCUCUACUCGAAGAACUUGACCGGAGGGCAGAUGUUCGUUGUCCUGAGAGGACUAGUGCAUUUUCAGAUGAAUGUGGGAGAGGAGUCAGCCUUGAUCUACACUGCUUUCAACAGCCAUCUACCCGGAACUGCUUUCGUUUCUUCGAAUCUGUUUGGAUCGAGGCCUUCUCUGCCAGACGAUGUGUUCAUGAAAGCUUUUCAAGUUAACAAGACUGUCAUUGAUCAAAUCAACUCCAAAUUUGGUUGAAAACUACCAC